AAAAGUUAGUGAUCAGAAGGACCUGGUCUCUUCACCUGCAGCCACCUUGCCAGGAGCUUAUAGCAGCAGAGGCACUGUCUGCAAACAAGUAAAUCAACAUGACCCACCAAUUCCCAGCGCUGACUCCAGAGCAGAAGAAAGCUCUCUCAGACAUUGCCCAGAGGAUUGUGGCUUCAGGAAAGGGCAUCCUAGCUGCAGAUGAAUCCGUGGGUACCAUGGGGAACAGGCUGCAGAGGAUCAAUGUGGAGAACACAGAGGAGAAUCGAAGGGCUUUUCGGGAGAUCCUCUUCACUUCAGAUGCAUCCAUCAACCAGAGCAUCGGGGGAGUGAUCCUCUUCCAUGAGACUCUCUAUCAGAAAGACAGCACUGGAAAGCCAUUUCCAACUCUCAUCAAAGAAAAAGGCAUUGUGGUGGGGAUAAAGCUGGAUAAAGGCACAGCACCUCUAGCAGGAACAAAUGGAGAAACCACCAUCCAAGGGCUGGAUGGACUGGCUGAGCGCUGUGCCCAGUACAAGAAGGAUGGUGUCGACUUUGGCAAGUGGCGAGCAGUGCUGAAGAUCACCAGCACAACACCCUCUCAACUGGCCAUUGAAGAGAAUGCCAACACUUUGGCACGCUAUGCCAGCAUCUGCCAGCAGCAUGGCUUGGUGCCCAUUGUGGAGCCAGAAAUCUUGCCUGAUGGAGACCAUGAUCUUCAGCGCUGUCAGUACGUCACUGAAAAGGUUCUGGCUGCUGUGUACAAGGCCUUGAAUGACCAUCAUGUGUACCUGGAAGGGACACUGCUGAAACCCAACAUGGUGACAGCUGGGCACUCCUGCCCCAAGAAGUACACCCCUCAGGAUGUAGCCGUGGCAACUGUCACUACUCUUCUCCGCACGGUGCCUGCUGCUGUUCCUGGAAUCUGCUUCCUGUCUGGAGGUCAGAGUGAAGAGGAGGCUUCUGUCAACCUGAAUGCCAUGAAUCAGUUGCCUCUGCCUAAGCCUUGGAAACUGACCUUUUCCUAUGGCAGAGCCCUGCAAGCCUCUGCCCUGGCAGCAUGGGUGGGCAAGAGUGAGAACAAGAAGGCUGCACAGGAGGCCUUCCGCAAGCGGGCACAGAUUAACAGUUUGGCUUGCAGAGGACAGUAUGCCACAACUGGGAAGGCUGACACAGCUGCUACACAGUCCCUUUUCACUGCCAGCUACACCUACUGAAAGCACAGGAACCUUCUUUUGUCCUGUCUCUCUUCACAAGGUGGAAGAUGUUCCAAAAUGAGAGAAAACCUGCAUCUAAUUUCCCUUACCCCAAACAAAAUGGAGAUAAAAUGCAUUAGCUUCCUCUCUCCACCCUUCGCUUCCACAAUUUACUAAGGGGAUAUUCUUGUUUCAUUUGCACAUUCCAAGAAAGAGGAAUUCUUCCCAUGCAACAAACUAGAGCUGCCAAUCACAAACCCACUCUCCCUCUGAUUUAAAUUUAGCCCCCUGGAUAGUAGACAGAUUAGGUAGUUCCCUUCAAAUACAUACCCUUGCCCACAACCUCAUUUUGCAGCUAAAAUACUGAAUUACAAGACCUGACUGUGUCUUCAAUCACAGAAAUAAAACAGUAAUUGAA